UCAAAAGCUAGCCAUGCCUCUCCUGAUAUGCAACCGGCUGCUUCUGCUGGUCCUCCUCCUCUCCGUUGCCGCCUCCCAUGGCGAUUCAUCCGGUGCUACCUACAACUCCUCCAUGUGCUUGAAUCAAACUUACACAUGCGGAGAACUUAGUAUUAGCUACCCGUUCUAUCUCUCCAGCGAGACUGAAGAGCUCAACGGCUACGACAACUCCUACUGCGGCUACCCUGGCCUGGGGAUCGUCUGCGACGACGACAAGCCCAUCCUGCAACUCAACGGCACAACAGCGAACUACACGGUUAAGAGCAUCAGCGGUGCGAGCGCAAACGUCUCGCUAGCCGAUCCGGACGUCGUCGACCGCAGUUGCCCAAGAGUCGAGCACAACGUGACCUUGGCACCGGGCGCAUGGCUGGACUUCCCUGACAACACGGUCGAUUACCUCGUCUUCUUCCUCAGCUGCUACUUCCAGCUUGGUCUCGUCAAACCGCCUACCCUCGACCCGAUCACCUGCUCAGAAUUCGGUGUUCCUGGAGUCUCGUUCGUGCUUCUCAAUACUUCGGUGCCUCCCGGGAACUGGUCGCAGGCGUGCCGCCAGGUCAUACAAGUUCCUGUGCUCAAACUCAAAUAUGAACAGGCCGACCCAAAUGAUCCUGCAUGGGGAAACACUGGAUACGGCGAGGUCCUUCGCGAGGGCUUCCAGGUCUCGUGGGACGACAAGAGACCGCCCCUGUGUACGCAGUGCGAGCAAUCCAAUGGACGGUGUGCCUACAACCAAACAGGAGAAUUCCUCGGUUGCUUGUGCACCAACGGCCAAAUCGACGAUAAGAACUGCACUGCCACCACGUACAAUUCAACUGGAUCAAAGGGCAAGGGGAAAGCAGCUAUAGGAGGUGUGGUGGCAGGUGCCGCUGGCCUCUUCCUUGUCGCUGCCGCGAUAGCCUUCUUCCUCAUUCGCAGGAGGAAGCAGAGGAAGGUGGUGAACUCGUCGUCAAAGCUCCUCAAGUACAGCGGCUCUGGCGGGACCCCGACGCGUUCCAGGGACGGCUUUGACCUGGAGUCUGGCAGCGUCCAGGGCAUGGGCAGCCGGUUCAGCUACGAGGAGCUCGAGGAGGCCACCGACUCCUUCAACGAAAACAGGGAGCUCGGUGACGGCGGCUUCGGCACCGUAUACAAAGGAUAUCUGGAGGACGGGCGAGUGGUGGCGGUGAAGAAGCUGUACAACAACAGCUACCGGCGGGUGGAGCAGUUCGUGAACGAGGCGGCCAUCCUGGCGCGGCUGCGGCACCCGAACCUGGUCAUGUUCUACGGCUGCACCUCCAAGGAGAGCCGCGACCUCCUCCUCGUCUACGAGUUCGUCCAGAACGGUACAGUUGCCGACCACCUGCACGGCCACCGCGCGGCAGAGCGCGCCCUCCCGUGGCCGCUCCGCCUCAACAUCGCCAUCGAGUCCGCCGCCGCGCUCACCUACCUCCACGCCAUCGAGCCGCCCAUCAUCCACCGCGACGUCAAGACCAACAACAUCCUCCUCGACGGAGACUUCCAUGUCAAGGUCGCCGACUUCGGCCUCUCCCGCCUCUUCCCGCUCGAUGUCACGCACGUUUCCACGGCUCCCCAAGGCACCCCAGGGUAUGUGGAUCCAGAGUACCACCAGUGCUACCAGCUCACCGACAAGAGCGACGUCUACAGCUUCGGGGUCGUCCUGGUGGAGCUCAUCUCGUCCAAGCCCGCCGUCGACAUCACCAGGCAGCGCAACGAGAUCAACCUGGCCGGCAUGGCCAUCAACCGUAUCCAGAAGUGCCAGCUCGAGGAGCUGGUGGACCUCCAGCUCGGCUACGAGUCCGACCCGGCGACGAAGAAGAUGAUGACCAUGGUGGCCGAGCUGGCCUUCCGCUGCCUGCAGCAGAACGGCGAGAUGCGCCCGCCGAUCAAGGAGGUGCACGAAGUGCUCAGGGCCAUAAAGGACGGGAGCGUGGCGGAGAACGGCGGAGUAGGCAAAGACAAGGACCUUGUCCCGCCAUUCUCGCCUAACACCGUGCACGCUCCAUGGGACAGCAGGAGCACCACUCCUAACACUAGCCAAUAGAUUUAGAUCAGGUGUUCGCAGCCGAGUUCUAUUCAUGUUCAUGUAGUAUGCUUACUACCGAGAGUUUAUUGCCGUGUUUGCACGACCCAACAUUUUUUCCCCUCCUGGUGAUGUAAAUAUGUGUUUGUUGGCUACCAGAGCAGAGGCAUUGUAUUGCACAUAUAUAAGAGUGUUGUGGUGAGCUGGCUAUGUUAGUUAGAUGCUAUGAUUACAUGCAUAGGUUCUACUAUAUUUGAUUUGGGAUCAGUCUAAUACUGCAUUUGCCUAUUUUGCAUUUCUAGCAGUUAAGAUUCCAAUUA